CCGCCUGCAGAGGGGCACAGGGGGAGGCCAGGAAAGUAGCACAGAGGCUGUGGGAUUUCACGGCACAACCGGGCAGCCAGCAGCUUUCUACUGCGAGGCCCCGCGGGCGUCCGGGGAACAGGGGCCCCGCGGGCGUCCGGGAACAGGGGCCCCGCGGGCGUCUGGGGAACAGAAUGCGGGGAUUUAGCACAGAUAGAAGGUACGCCAGGAGUGGGGGCAAGUGUCCAGGAAAAGUGUGCAAUGGGAUGGCCCUCACGUGAGCUCAGGUAACAAGGCCUCGCGGACCAAGCCCUCGUGGCGUCACUGCCAUCAGCAGCCCUCCUCGCGCAGGCAUGGAGCAGAGCCCAGAGAGACCCCGCCGAGCAGGGGCGAGGCCCCCACGGAGCAGGGGCACAGCUGCUGGGGGGCUCGGCUUCCAGCUGAGCUUCCGGGAGUGUCAGCCCCUCGUUUUUCCCAGGGUGUACCUGGUGCCGAGGAGUAAGCACCGCGGGCCCCCUUCCCCUCGAGGCGCUUCCGACAUCGGGCCACCCUGCCCCUCGGGAGGGAAGCAGCCAGAGGGCACACGCCGGGAGCCUCCGGUGGUGCCGAGACCCUCCGGGGAGCGGCCAGCUGGACAGCAGUGUGGGGUCCCGGCCCGGGGGACUCUGCUCUCCGUGAACCUGUCACACGGGGGUCUCACAGGGCCUCCGGGAAGCACUCGGUGACUGCCAAGCCUGGGUGGGCCCCCAUCUCUGCACACCCUGCAGGCCCGUGACUGCCCGGCUCCCCGUCCGUCCGCCCCCUGGACGGCGAGGCCCGUAAAAGCGGGGACCUGUCAGUGUCCGCCUUUCUCCCCGUCUCCUGCCAGAUCGGACGGCCGAGCAGAGGGCCGCCCACCCGUGUGUCAGAGGGGGUCGACACCAAAACACGAAGCCGUGUACGUGACGCGGAAAAGCCAGGGAAAACAGGGCAGGCAGGGAGGAGAGGCUGCGGGUGCCUGAGAGGGACGCGUGCGUGAACGCGGGAUGGGCCGCGAGGCGCGAGUGUGUGAGCUGGGCCUGCACGUGGACCGGGCCGGCUGGCGCCACACCGGCUCCCGACAGCACGGGCUGCACGUGGCUGCACGAGAGCAGAGGGGUGGCCAGCACAGGCAGGAGAUGCCUCCCUGGGAUCGGACGAGGUCACUUCCGGCGCCUGGGGGCUCAGUCGGUGGAGCGUCCGACUUCAGCUCAGAGACUGCGGCCCAGGUCAGGAUCUCGCGGCCCGUGAGUUCGAGCCCCGCGUCGAGCCCUGUGCCGACGGCUCGGAGCCCGGAGCCCGUUUCGGAUUCUGUGUCUCCCUCUCUCUCUGCCCCUCCCCUGCUCGUGCUCUGUCUCUGUCUGUCAAGAAUAAAUACACCUACACAAAGAUUAACACACACACACACAUAUAUAUAUAUAUAUAUAUGUAUAUACAUAUAUGUAUAUAAAUCACAUCUUUUACCCUCCUUCCUCCGAUUCUGGACACUGAAAACUCGCGUGGAAGCCAGCCUCCCGCGUGGCUUCGCGAGCCCGCAGCCCACCCCGCCGUCACGCCCUCCCCGGCACCGGCCCCUCCAAGCACCUGCGGCCCGUCCCGCAGAAUCAGGGCAUCGGCUCUGGCCAGAAAGGGGCGAGGAGGGCCGCCGCGGGCGCCACUGGCCCGCGGCUCCCCGCUGCAGGGGACGCGAGCAUCGUGUACGCCCACCCUGGCACCGACGGGGACGUGUCGGCCCUCAAGAUGCAAAGGCACCGAGGCUCCCGGGAAGAGAGCAGUCAUCCCUGGCUCGCCCGCGUCUCCCCCACACUCCCCGCUCCACCACCCCUCCUGAAUCCGAACCCCGGUCUCUCCCGUGGACAAUACCAGGCACACGCUCCUUCCAGCUGGCGGACGGACCAUCUGCCCGGGCCGUCCUCCCUGUCCUAACGCGGACAGUGCCCCAGAUCUGGAAGGACAGCCAGGCUCCUCCGGGGAUGCGCCCCGGGGCUGUCCCAGCGCAAAGGCCCCGAUUGGUGGGCGCGGAUUAAAUUACCUCUUUGGACUUCUGGUGCCAGUCCUUACU